AUCAGCGUGUGACACUGAUAGAAUCCAGGCGCCCUUUCCUCGCUUGUUUACCGAGUGAACUUCACAUCUGACUCACUGGGACCAUCGGGUACUUUUGAGUGUUCCCAUGGCGGCGUACGAACCUCGCGCGGUGCGGGGACUGGGCUGGACCCUGGUCGUCCUGGGAUGUCUCAGCGUGACGCUAGGGGUCGCUGCUGACAUCACCUUCGCCGUCCAUGACGUCGGCACCCUGGGACACUACAUCAGCGCACCUGUCUGGAGCGGGCUGCUGGUGCUAACGACAGGAAUUCUGGGUAUUUUCAGCGCUAAGAAACCAACAAAUAAAUGUCUGAUUGUAGCGUUCAUGGUGGUCGGCAUAUUCGUGAUCCUGGCGUGUGUUUGCUGCAUCGCCAUCGCGGCUCUGGGCGUUGUGCUGAACCAUUACGUACACAGCUGUAGACAGUACGACUGGGAAGGUUACUACGCCGCUCAGGAUCUCCACGAUAGCAACCCUGACCUGUUCCACGAGCCAGAGGUUUGGCACUACAAGACGUACGACUGUAGACCGGCUGCCAUCGGCCUCCAUGCGGCUAACAUCUUCCUGGCUGUUCUGGAACUCAUCCUGGGGUUUGUGGUCUCCAUUCUCAGCUGCUGUGGACUGUGCACGAUGCGCCGCCCGGUGGCACAGACAGUGAUCUACACUGCAGGUCCAGUUCCAGGCGGAGCACAGGGAAACAUUGUGGUCAUGCAGGGCACUCCAGGUGUGCAGGGCAGCCAGCCGCAGAUGUUCGUUGCGCAGAACCCAGGUGCUGCAGGUGCACCUGUGCAGGUGUUCUACCCCGCCCAGCAGGUGCCACCUGCCUACCAGGUGGAUCCAGGUGCGGCAUCAGGUGCUCAGGAGGAGAAGAAAAGCCCCAUACCUGUUGGCUCCAUGUAAAAAACAGAAACAUCAUCACGAAGUGCAAGGACUUUAUUUUAUUUCAAUUCAAUUGUAACGAGACAAUACAUUGGACACCCAUGCAGCAUAGCUGAUUUCGGGUGCCAAAGACAUACAAAAAGUAAACGUACAUAAUAUAAUAUACAAAUACUGUGUACUAACAAGUACGGUAUAUAGCGUCAUAGCUACAAGACCAGCCAAGACUACAUACGGAAUACAGACAAUUGUAACUUGACCUGAAUGCUAGUAGUUGGAGAGUCAGACGCUCAGGAGGAGAAGAAAGCUCCCAUACCUGCUCGUUCCGUGUGAAAAAAAAUAUGGUUACUACUACCUAGACCUAGUAGUGUUCGUAGUCCAGUGGUCAGUACCCCUGCUUCUGGACUAGGAGGUUGGGAGUUCGAAUCCCGGCUGUUGUCGCUCACCCCCGACAUGCACGCUACUGGAAAGGGUCCUUAGGACGGGACGUUAAGCCAUGGUCUACUGUUCAUCGUACUAAGUCGAAGAAAGGUCCGAUACCUGCUGGUUCCAUGUGAAAAAUAAAAACAUCAUCACAAAGUGCUAGUAUGUAGCAUCAUCGUGGGAUCUUGUGCCCUUGGGAGAGGCACUUUACACGACUUUCCCCACUAGACUCAAGUGAAAAUCAGUAUUGUCUGUCAGCAACAGCAACAGCUGCCUCUGUCCCGAGUGUAUUGUAUUGUUGCAAUUUCAAUAAAAUAAACUUUGAAAAGAAAAUUUAAAAAAAAUAAUAAUCAUAGCUACAAGACCAGUCAUGCCAGCAAGAAUACGUAUGGAAUACAGACAAUUGGAACUUUUACCUGAAUGCUUAAGUAGUUGGAGAGUCUCUUUUGUUCUAAUGUCCCACAAUGUAGAAAAUUUUGUUAUGUUUCAUGUAUUGAAUUUUGCAGGCCCUUUAUGUUAUGGCUCUCUCUCUCUCUCUCUCUC